UUUUUUUUUCUUUCCAAAAUACCCCUUCUUUUUCCUUUGGGAAAUAGAAAGUUGGGGUAACCUGAAUCCAAAAGUUCUCAAACUUGUUUUAAUUUGUAAAUUUUUGUAGUGCCCUGCCGGCAAAGCUCUCCAUUCCCAGAUUGAAAAUCGGACCAUUUUCUUAAUUGUCGUUGGCCAUGGCGGGUCCUUCCUCGGCUCCUUCAUCAGCUUCUUCCUCUUCAGCUUCCCAAUUUACGUAUUCAAACGGUUCUUACUUCCCUUUACCUUUCCAUCUCCAGCAGUCUGCUCCAGCGCCCGCACCCCCCCAGUAUCCCUCUCCCUAUGUCGCUCCUCCAGGUCCUCCGCCAGUUCCCCUGCCCGUCGCACCUGUUUAUCCUGCUCCCGCUCCGCCUCCGGCGGUCUAUACUCUCCCUCAGUACCAGCAGGCCCAACAAUUGUUUCAAAGGGAUGCUCAAACCAUAACACCGGAAGCUCUUGAGAGUGUUAAAGCUGCUCUUGCAAGUAGUGAGAUCGAGCAUAAAGCAGAAACAAAAAAGAAAGCUAUUCCUCGCAAAGCUGCCGGGCAAUCUUGGGAGGAUCCAACUCUUGCUGAGUGGCCUGAAAAUGAUUACCGUCUAUUUUGUGGUGAUCUUGGCAAUGAAGUGAAUGAUGAUGUACUCUCUAAAGCAUUCUCACGAUUUCCUUCAUUUAACAUGGCAAGAGUUGUUAGAGAUAAGCGAACUGGUAAAACCAAGGGCUAUGGAUUUGUUAGCUUCUCCAAUCCUACCGACCUUGCUGGAGCACUUAAAGAAAUGAAUGGCAAGUACGUCGGAAAUAGGCCGAUAAAACUAAGAAAGAGCAAUUGGAAGGAGAGGACAGACUAUGAAGCCCUAGGAAGACACAAGAAUCACACACAAAAGAAAUCAAAGCUUCCAAAGAAGAGUAUCUUGCACAAGUAAAGGUAGUAACUGAUGGAGCCUUUCUGUUCUCUGUUCCAACUCUUUCGAAAUUAAAGUGAUUAUGCAUUAGAGAGGAGGAUGUUUACUUUGAAGGAAUAGAUCUUGUAAAGUGUUGUGCAUUCUCCAUUUUCUUUGGAAAUUUAGUGAAGAAAUGGAGAAUUAGUUCUGUUUGAAAAAUCGUAGUUAACCAACUGGUUGGACAUUACUCUUGUAACGGGAAGUGGCCGGGUUCAAAUCACAAGUCACGUGAAAGUGAAACGAUAUAACUAUUCUUGACCA